GCAGAGCGGGUCGGACGCAGAAGCGGAGACAAGCCGGAGGGCGCCCCGCCCCGACCAAGCAGCGGGAGCCCCCGGCUACCCAGGCCUCCGCCUGUCACCUCCAUCCGCCACCUCCACCGUCUCCUCCCCUUGCUCAGGUCCACUCGGUCCCUCCCCUGGGCCGCCCAAAGCACCAAGUUGGCGGGAGCCUAUAAAAGCCGGACCGUGCGACCCGCGACACAUACUGCAAGACCGCUAGUCACAGGACAACUGCUGCUCUGCCCCAAGCACCGGCGCGACCAUGUCCCACCACUGGGGAUACGGCGGGAACAACGGACCAGAGCAUUGGCACAAGGACUUCCCCAUUGCCAAUGGAGAGCGGCAGUCCCCGGUGGACAUUGAUACCAAGACUGCCCAGUAUGACCCUGCGCUUCAGCCUCUGAGUGUGUGCUAUGACCAAGCUACUUCCAAAAAGAUUCUCAACAACGGCCAUUCCUUCAACGUUGAGUUUGAUGACUCCCAGGACUGUGCAGUGCUGAAAGGAGGACCUCUCAAUGGCACCUACAGAUUGAUCCAAUUUCACUUUCAUUGGGGCUCAUCUGAUGGGCAUGGCUCCGAGCACACUGUGAACAAAACAAAAUAUGCUGCAGAGCUUCACUUGGUUCACUGGAACACCAAAUACGGUGAUUUUGGAAAAGCUGCACAGCAACCAGACGGACUGGCUGUUCUGGGCAUUUUUCUGAAGAUUGGACCUGCUACAAAAGGCCUUCAGAAAGUUCUUGAUGCACUGGGGUCCAUUAAAACAAAGGGGAAGAGUGCUGCCUUCACUAACUUUGAUCCUCGCUCCCUUCUUCCUGGAAGCUUGGACUACUGGACAUACCCUGGCUCUCUGACCACUCCACCUCUGCUGGAGUGUGUGACCUGGAUUGUGCUCAAGGAACCCAUUACCGUCAGCAGUGAGCAGAUGUCUGUGUUCCGUAAACUAAACUUCAACACGGAGGGCGAACCUGAAGAGCUGAUGGUGGACAACUGGCGCCCGGCCCAGCCCCUGAAGAACAGAAAGAUCAAAGCAUCCUUCAAAUAAAAUGGUCCUGGAGUGGGCGUCCAAACACUACAAGUGUGGCGCCUCUCUGUAGCUAAGCACAAUUCUACCUUGGUGAUUUGGAUCCCGCCUUUGUGUCUGAUGUUGUAGGCCUUUCCUCUCUCACCUGUUGUGCUUACUAAUAAAAUGUGAAGAACAAGCCCCAGGUGGAUCGCAUGGUGGUAGUGUGACGGCUGGUUGGUGGCUGGCUUACGGCACACCUUCUCAGUCAAAGCAAUCUAUUGCAAAGGACAGAAAAUGGCCUCUUGCCUCAGCCACAGGAUAAUGAGUACUCAGGCCUGUUUACUAAAAUGCUAUUUUUAAAACAUAGGAAAGUAGAAUGGUUGAUUACAAGCCCCUAUCAUGAGACAAACUGAGAUAAUUUAAGCAAAUUAGGCAAAAUAGUCAUAGUUUUAUGAUUAUAAAUUAGAUAAAAGUUCACUAUUCCAAGAUGUUAUAUUAAAGAAAAGCUUUUAAAAUGCUUAUAUAUUUGUAGCAACCUUAUCUUAAAUAUGAAUUAUGUUGUAACUUGGUGACUUUUGAAUUUUAGAGAUGUAAAUGAAGAUGUAAAAAUUGGUAUAGUUGUGAUACAGAGUAUAUUUCCCUUCAGAUAACAUAUAACUUACUGGAUAAUGUAUUUUAGAUAUAUUCUCUAAUAAAAAUCAGAAUUCUA